AUGAAGUGAACCCUUUGACUAACACCUUGGCUGUACCCUUUACCGGGUGCCAUGUGAAACGGAGUGACCGCUACAGCCUGCAGUUGUUGUACGUCAACGCGUUUGAUCAGACACAAGUUGCUACCGCAUCUUGUGAGAGAAGCCCGAAGGUUGACCCAGGCGUAUUUCCUCGCUCCAGUGGCCAAUCCUAUCCCACAUUUAAGCGCAUUGAGCCAAUCCGAGCGCGGCCCCAACGGCCUGCAUGUCCGCAACGGCCUGGCUCGCACCAAGAACCUUCAUUGACCCUAGGGCCUGGGUCGCCCCAACAGCCUGGCUCACCCCUAGGGCCUUCUUACCCGCAACAGCCUGGGUUGCCCCUAGGGCCUGCAUCGCCCCAAGAACCUUCAUCCCCGCAACUGCCUGGCUCGCCCCAAGACCCUUCAUUGCCCCUAGGGCCUGGCUCGCCCCAAGACCCUUCAUUGCCCCUAGGGCCUGGGUGGCCCAAGGGCCCCAACAGCCUGGCUCGCCCCUAGGGCCCGGCUUGCCGCAAGGGCCUUCAUCCCCACAACAGCCUGGCUCGCCCCAAGAACCUUCAUUGCCCCUAGGGCCUGGGACACCACAAGGGCCAGGCUCGCCCCAAGAACCUUCAUUGCCUUCAUCCCCACAACAGCCUGGGUCACCCCAAGGGCCUUCAUCCCCACAACAGCCUGGCUUGCCCCAAGACCCUUCAUUGCCCCUAGGGCCUGGCUCGCCCCAUCAGCCUGGGUCACCCCAAGAACCUUCAUUGCCCUUAGGGCCUGGGUCGCCCCAAGGGCCCCAACAGCCUGGCUCGCCCCUAGGGCCCGGCUU